AGUGUGUUGACAGAAGCUGGUCAUGACAGUGGCUCCUAGUGGGACUAUCGAAUUUUAUAGUAUUUCAAUUAUUAUUGUUAAGUAGAUAAAGUUUAAAAUCGAGUGUUUUUUGGAAGUGUGCUUGAAAGAUGGUGAUGAAACUCACUGUCCUGCUAGUACUCGCUCAGUUCCACCGAGCGAUCAACAGUCCUCUGCGACAAUUCAGGGAACUGAAACCCGGCCAGGGGAUACCCAUGGUACUCCCACAGCAUCAAGAAACUCUUCCGAUACCUCACAUGGUGAUCCACACGCCCACCAGAGAGAAGAAAAGCCCCAACAUCAUCUCAAUACCGAUCCAACAGAUCUUAAUUCCAAAAUUUCAUAUAAUACCAUUCCAUCACGGGCCGCCGCAGUCUAACGUACACCACAGCGCAGUUCACACGAAUGUCAAGCAUAUCAUCACGCAUGACAAUGUUAAGAUCCCGAUCAUCUCCCAGACUGUGUCACAUAGUGGUACAAACAUUACGCACCCCGCGUCAGCGUCAGUCAUUCCAAUUUUGGUACCACUUCAUCAAAACUUGGUACCGGUACAGGAUUUGUCAGUUAUACCGCUACAGAAAAAUGUUCAUAAGUUGGAACAGAAGGUGGAGCACUAUACUGUUAUGGAGAAGAAGGAUGAUAAUGACCAUGAAGAAGUGAACAGAUUUAGGACAUUCUAUGGGGGUUAUGGCACGGGACUGUUCUUCGGAGGUCAAGGCGCGGGGCACGGGUUUCAUAUAUUUGGGUAGCAGAUUAAUAUAGGUAUAUGAAUAAUAGUGAUAACCCAUUAAUCGUUUAUUAAAUUAUUUAUUAAAA